AUGGCGACCAGAAAAGACAUGCGACGGGGUGACCUCAUCAUCCCCUACCAAGUUCCAGCAGCGAAAGAAUCUCCCAGCGAUUUCAGUGGUACAUUGGGUAGCACCUUGCCAAUGGCAGCGAUGUUCACUCGUAACAAGCUCAUAGGAUGGGCUUCGGUGGUCUUUGCAAUUCAGAACUGGUUAGGCGAAUCUUCUGAGACGAAGAAGACAUCCUCCCAGCCGGCAUAUUUCUCAGUUGGAAUGUCAAUGAUGGCUCUUGUUAUUACCUAUCUUCCAAUGUUUCUUCCUCCUCCUCCAGCUGCCCCAGUAGCUCAAUCGGCAUAA